UAAUUAACUUUUGCUUGGUUGGCACUUCCAACCAGAUAUAAGGAGGCUGAGGCCCCAGCAUCCAUAAGUCAGAUACCUUCUUCCUCUGUGGGUCCUCCAAGAAGUACACAUUCAUCUGUAGGAGGGGAAAAAUAAGUUAUCCGUCACCAUGAGUACGGACGCGGAGAUGCAAAUCUACGGCAAGGCUGCCAUAUACCUCCGUAAGCCUGAGAGGGAAAGGAUUGAGGCACAAGCCGCACCCUUUGAUUCAAAGAACUCCUGCUACGUGACAGACAAGGUGGAGUUGUACCUCAAGGGUCUGAUCACUGCCAGGGCCGACGGGAAGUGUACUGUAACAGUCACGAAACCUGACGGCAGUAAGGAUGAAGGAAAAGAGUUCAAAGAUGCAGACAUCUAUGAGAUGAACCCCCCUAAGUACGACAAGAUUGAGGACAUGGCCAUGAUGACCUACCUGAAUGAAGCCUCUGUGUUGUAUAACCUCAAAGAGCGUUAUGCAGCAUGGAUGAUCUAUACCUACUCUGGGCUCUUCUGUGCCACGGUGAACCCCUACAAGUGGCUCCCUGUGUACGACGAAGAGGUUGUCAACGCCUACAGAGGGAAGAAGAGGGUGGAGGCUCCACCCCAUAUCUUCUCCGUGUCUGACAACGCCUUUCAGUUCAUGAUGAUUGGUACGAAAUCUCAUGGAUGGAUGGAU